AUGAAUGAAAUGUCCUCCACAAAUUUUGGUGGCACAUCGAAUUCGUUUUCUGAUUCGGGGACGCCUUCAACUUCCCCAUCUUCUAACCAUCCUCGUGCCCCAGCUUUACUUUUCCAAGACCUAUCAAUAUUCUCUAAUGAUGCGUCUAUCAUCUCUUCCAACUCUUCUGAUCCUACUAUUAUCCAUGACAACGAUGACGAUGUCUUACCAUCUGACUCUGAACAAACCGUAAAUUUUGCAUGUAUAUCCAAUGAAAUCUUUUCGGUUGAAUCAGUAUCUUCUCUCAGCCCACUUCAAUUAAACUUUCCUAUCACAUCAAUUACUCCCACCAUAUUUCCUCCUGUCUUACUAGUCAUCGUUUGA